AUACCGGUUGAUGCACCUGAGUAUUAUGAUAAACGCGGUAGCAUUGUCCUUUUUUGUAUGUACAAAAUAAUUUAGAUAUAAGUUGAAUACAUUAUAACUUUUUUAAAGUUACGUAGCUGGCUAUAUAGUUGUCUACAGCACAUUAGCCCUUCAAGGAAAACCAUAGCUGUAAUCACUCUGCUAUGGCCUCACCUGCACCUGGAGGGGGAUUCCAGAACAAGACCCAUCGCGUUGCAAUAUUGGCUGAGCUAGACAAACAGAAAAGACUAUUGAUACAAAACUCAUCACUGAAUAACCCUGGCGCAAGCAUUCCCCUUUCCAGACCAACCCAGAAUAAAGACUUUAGAGAUCACGCUGAACAACAGCACAUUGCUGCUCAGCAAAAAGCAGCACUACAGCACGCCCAUGCACACUCCUCAGGUUUCUUCAUUACUCAAGACUCCUCCUUUGGGAACCUCAUCCUCCCUGUACUGCCACGAAUAGACCCCCCUACCCUGGCUGAAUAAUGGACCUAAUUUGUCAGAUUUCAAAAUUAAAUUUUGGGUUCCUUACCUUGUGUGUAGUCUAUUGACUAGAUUUAGUAUGCUUAGUUUCAUGAAUCAUGUUCAAGCCAUCUGAAAGGGUCCGUCAUUUAUUGGGAGACUAAACAAACUCGCUUACAGAAUAUUUGAUCGUGAAAAAAAUCAAGUGUAACAUUAUAAUAUUGGUACCAUAACUUAAAUAGGAUUUGUUACCCAAAGUUAUGGUAUGGAUAUUAUUAAUUUUUUCACAGUUUAAGAAACAAUGCUUUUUUAGAUACGUAUGCAUUAUUGGAUAAUGAUGAUGUUAAUAAUGAUGACGUGCUAAUAACAUUAUCAUUACCAGGUUCGGAGAGGGAUUUGUGCCAUAUGAUAAAAUGCUAGCAUUUAUAAACAGUGUUAGGGUAAUAAAACUAAAGGCAUGAAUUGCAAUCAUACCAUGUCCAUAGACAGCUUUUACUGUACCUUUUUGUGAUUGGGGUGAACAAUCUUUUUGAAAAGAAAAGAGAAUGUCUAAAAGCAGCAUGUGGUUUGUUUCCCAUCACCUGCUGGAUGUUUUUGAAUAAUGACAAUUCAGCAUGUAGAAUCAUGUGGAAAUGAUCUGGUCAGAAGUGAUAGAAUGCUUUGUUUCUUCUCUGGCAGUGUUACAAUUAGGCCCUCAACCCACAGAUCAGGCUUGGAGGCCUGUGGACCAGGGUUGUCCUAGAAGCAGAUCAUGGGUCAGUUUAGCGUUUAGCAUCUCCACUAAUGGUGAAGGUAGGAUUGGGAAGGGAAACUGAUCCUAAAUCUGUACCUCAGGGAAACAUCACACCAGAGCUGAGGCCAUAACAAACGACAACACAGAAGCUUUGUUACAAGUUACUCUCUAGGAUGUGUGGAACAAGGCCUUGGAUUGUUUGUUGAGAAUAAAGGUCAUAUUAUUUGUCUAUGUGGUACAGUGUACCAAAUCAUGUGGUUUUCAAAUGAGUCAAAAACAAUUUGUUGUAGUUUUUGUAAUUAAUAAAAUGUAUAAAUAAAGGCAAUAAAGACCAAGUCAACCAAA